AUGGUCACCGUCGGCAGCGCGAGCAUCGAUAUGAGCGCCGCCGUCAGAAAUCCCUCCGGCACCGGUCCAUUCCCGGCCAUCAUCAGCAUCGGCGGCGCCGGCAUCCCCAUCCCAGCCACCGUCGAGCAAAUCACGUUUGGCAACGACGCUUUCGUCGUGCAGAACGACCGGGCAGCAGGGACCAAUGCCUCUUCUGCGAUCAUCUUCUGCAACCUCUUUGGCCAGCAGCACAGUGCCGGCGGACGGGCAUCGACAGCCUGGCUUGGCGUGACCGGGUGCUCGAGGAACGGAAAGGUCGCCUUCGUCAUGGGCACCCUCGAAAAGAGGAUCGCCCUAAUGAUCCCGCAGGAGUCGGGCUCGGGCGGGUCCGCGUGCUGGCAUAUCUUAGACAGCGAGAAUAGCAAGGGCAAGGCGAUCCAGACGUCUGGUCAGGUCGUUAGUGAGAACGUCUGGUUCUCGUCAAACUCCAAUGCGUGGACCACCCAGGUCGUCCUGGAUCCCACAAGUACCACCACCUGUUGGUGUGACUCAUGGCACCGCGGACUCUACGUCGCCGAGAACGACAUCGACUGGCUCAACCCUUUGUCGACGAAGGGUUACAUGAAGGGCGGACGGCUCAUCUACCAGGCUUUAGAAGUGCCGGAGAACGUAGGGUUCUCGCUGGUUGGCGGGCAUAACCAUUGUCAAUUCCCAAGCGGGCAAACCGCCGAGUUGGCGCAGUACAUGAGUUGCUUUCCUGUCAACUCGGCGAACGAAGCCGUCGCCCGUCGAUCGCAGCACCGUUAUCGUCAAAGUUCAAGACUUUUCCUCUUGAACGGCGCCUUCUCUUUCCCAAGAAUUUUGUUGACAGGCGACAUGACGGGACGGGGAUCAUGGGGCAAUCAAAGGCGACGAGCAGUGUGA